AACAGAACAGGUUCCUGACACUCUCUGCUCAUCAGAAAUCGAAAUUUUAGGGUUUCGAUGAGAACUUCGAGACCGAACCGACCGCUUAACGGGGUCCAUUGUCACAUGAUGGAGGAGAUGGACAUCGAGAUGGUACCUGAUACUCCUGACAGAGUAUCAAGACGUGGUUCUUUAGGCGGGGAAGGUGGCAGAAGAGAGAAUGCUGCAAGAGAAUUUCGCUUGAUUGAUAAAGAAUAUUGUAGUUGCCUUAGUGGUAAAGAUAGGCCUGUUCCUGGAGUGGGGAACCCGAAUCGCCACCAUUCAGAAGAGUCCCGCAAAAAUUGCGACAUGCAAACAGAGAACAGAAAUGGUACACAUGCUUCACGAAAUGCCCCUCUGUUUAGGAGAACAACAAUGGAGAAGGAUAAAGGGAAAUCUAUCUGUUGUAAUUUUUCUACGACUUCGUCAGCUUCCAUGCAGAAGAAUCAGGUUUUAAAUAUAAAUCAACGUAAUGGAUGUACAAUUGACGUUUCCAAUGAUCCUCGGCACAGAAAGGAAGAUCACGUGUCUCCAUCUACUCAGCCUAUUAUAAGAGCAUCUGGCCGUAGAAGAUUGGUAAGAAAUGGCUGCAUAUCUCCACAUGUGAUAGCAGCUAGAGCUAGACAAGCUGUGGAACAUCAGACCAGCUCCAAUGGUGACAUUAGUGACCGAAGCGGUGAAGAGAAAACUGCUUCUGAUGAUCUAUCUUCAGUUGACAUUAGAGAGAUCGUUGCUGAUGAUGAUAUUCGUGGCAGAGCUAAAGGGAAAAAAGCGAUUGGUCACAGGCAAACGUCGAAAGAAAAUGCUGCAAAAGCUUUGGAUUUACCAACCGGGAUCAAUGGAGAUAUCGCGGGUGGGUCAGAGGGAUGGAGAAGUACACGGAACCGGCAAAUGACAAUGGGUUGUUCUCAUUCCAGUGUUGUACAUGAUAAUGGCCGACAUCAUCAAAACAACUGUAAGGGCGAGAAUGAUUCACGGAGAAGUUUCAGGUUUGCCUCUAGGGUUAAACAACAUGAAAUCAUUGAGGUUGAGCGGGAAGGCAAUAAACGACGACGGAGGAAUGUGUUACCUUACGAGAAAGAAAUCUCAAUUGUUGGAACUCCUGGUGAAGCUUCCAGUUCAAGACCAGCAAGAAUCCAGAGACAAGGCACACAAAAUCUGGUUUUGGAAAUUGAAGAUGAUUCUUCUUCUGAAAUGCGGUUUAGUAACCAUCAGGGCACUGGACGUGUUGUUGAAAAUGAUGAAUCUGGUGGUGAGAGGGCAAGGCAGAUCGAAGCAGAUGAGAGGUUGGCACUUGAACUCCAAGAACAGUUGUACCAGGAAUCCCGAUUUUUUGGGGAUGAAGAGAUUAACGAAAGCCUAGCCUGGAUGCUGCAAGAGGAAGAAAAUUUAGUCCAUGAUUCUUCAAGUCGUAACUUGCCUAUUCCCUCGGUGGCACGUGGUAGAAGUCGCUUGCGGGCAAUUUUUCAGCAGAGUUCUUCGAGCAGGGGACCUAAUAUCCUGCAGCCUCGUGCUUCUGUCAGAACGACACGGGCAAGGGGUUACCGUUCAGACCCUCCACCUGCCGCAUUGUCAAGAGCUCUUAAUCUCCGGUUUCCAAAUGGAAUGGCCCUAGAUUCGAGGUUGGAUAUUUUGGAGGAAAUAGAGGCUGCUAUCAGUCGACUCGGCACUUCCAUGAACAGUGCCAUGCUUCAGCGGCUUGAUCGCGAUUUUAACGAAGACGACUACGAAAUGUUGUUAUCCCUCGACGAGAACAACCACACGAACCGACGUGCUGGUGCUUCUGCCAAUCUGAUCGACAGCUUGCCUCAAUCGACAGUACAAACCGACAACUAUGGAGAGACGUGUGCUAUCUGCCUCGAGACCCCGACGACAGGAGAUGUCAUUCGCCAUCUCCCUUGCUUUCACAAAUUCCACAGAGAUUGUAUCGAUCCAUGGCUCGGGAGGAGCAAGUUGUGCCCCGUUUGCAAGUCCUCGGUGACUUGACGGUCUCUCCGCCAUGGCUGUAACUUGGGCAUCUGUCCAAGACGGUGAACCCGAAAGGGGAGAAAAAAAAAGGGACUGUUUGUUUCUGGGACUUUUAUUUGCUCCGUUCCCUUUCUCACGGGGCAAAACCCGCGGGAAUUUUUGUGAAAUUACUGUUCUGCCCCUGCCGCCGGUGAAACGGGGGAUGUUUUCCGGCCGUGCGUGGAUCUCUCUCCUUAGAAUGGUUAUAUGCAAAGAAAAUGCCUCGACUGUUUACGCGGUUUCAGCCCAUGAAGCUUCUCCAAUAUUUUUCGUUUUCUCUGAUUUGCCGAAUCGUGUCGAAUGGAUGAAUGUAUAUAAAUUUGUAUAUAGGUAAUUAAAAAAACAUUUUCCAAAAUC